AUAAGGAUUUCUGUCUCCGCUCUCUCUGUCCCUCCCCUUCAAUGGCGGCUCUCGGUUCGAUCUCUCUUCUAUCCAUCAAAUCCAUCUCCAUUUCUUCUUCUUCUUCUCCUUCUUCGUCAAAUUGGAGAGCUGCCAAGCCUCUGCAGCUCGCUUCGAAGCCAUUCGGCGUCGCGCGCGAGGUUGAGCCUCCUGCGAAGGCUCCGUUUCGCGAGUCAAAAGCUUGGCGAGCGGUGGUUUCCACUGCAUUGGCGGCGGCCGUCAUUGGAUGCAGCUCGUCUCUGCCGGCAAGUGCUGAUCUCAACAAGUAUGAAGCGGAGACCCGCGGCGAGUUCGGGAUAGGGUCGGCCGCGCAGUUUGGUUCGGCGGAUCUCAGGAAAGCAGUGCACGUGAAUGAAAAUUUCAGAAGAGCCAAUUUCACAGCUGCGGAUAUGAGGGAAUCUGACUUCAGUGGUUCUACAUUCAACGGCGCCUAUCUUGAGAAAGCUGUCGCAUAUAAGGCAAACUUUACGGGUGCAGACUUGAGUGACACGCUGAUGGAUCGCAUGGUUCUCAAUGAAGCUAACCUCACCAAUGCAGUGCUAGCAAGAACAGUUCUGACCCGCAGUGAUCUUGGAGGUGCCAUUAUUGAUGGUGCUGACUUCAGCGAUGCUGUUCUGGAUCUUCCACAAAAGCAGGCUCUUUGCAAGUACGCAAGUGGCACAAACCCAAUUACAGGGAUAGACACCAGAAAAAGCUUGGGUUGUGGAAACAGCCGUCGCAACGCUUAUGGCAGUCCAUCUUCACCUCUGCUAAGUGCACCCCCACCAAAAUUGCUUGAUCGAGAUGGCUUCUGUGAUGAGAGUACUGGACUUUGCGAUGCAAAGUAAAUUUUGAGAGGUAUUCUUUUGGGAAGUUGUAAUGUUCAUCCUUGUACAUAAAAAAAGCAUCUGUCAAAUGAAGUACACUGUAUACCA